AAAUUUCACAGCUAAGUCCCUUAUUUCAGCUUGCCUGGCAGAACCCAUAGUACCAGGGUCUAAGUGCAUUCCUCCUUAAAUCAUCCUUAGCUACCUGUUUUUUUAUUUCUUAGAACUGAAUUGGAUUAGAAAAAGUCUUCUGGCUGAACAGUCUUUCAAUUUAUUGUUUGUCAUCGCUGAUCUACAGAUAAGCUUCAGCUUUGCUGUCACCAGAGUUAAUCUGGUCAGAGCACCAGACAUAGUAAACCAGAAUCUUCCAUCAGAGAAUUAUACAAUUGGUGCAAUGCCAAACUUUGUAGCUCCAGAAGGCAAAAAAUUCGUGACUUGGGACUAUGUUGUUUUUGCAACAUUAUUUUUAGUCUCUGCCAGCAUUGGAGUCUUUUUUGCAGUUAAAGAGAGGAAAAAGAAAACCUCGAAGGAAUUUUUGGUGGGUGGUAAGCAGAUGACAUGUGGACCCAUAGCUUUUUCUCUUACAUCAAGCUUCAUGUCAGCAGUAACAGUCCUGGGAACACCCUCCGAAGUUUAUCGCUACGGGGCAUCCUUUGUGCUCUUCUUUCUUUCGUACACACUUGUCAUAAUUUUUACUGCUGAACUUUAUCUACCUGUUUUUUAUAAGUCUGGCAUCACAAGCACUUAUGAGUAUUUGGAGUUAAGAUUUAACAAGAUUGUCCGUCUUGCUGCAACCCUGAUUUACAUCCUACAGACGAUCCUUUACACAGGAAUAGUUGUCUAUGCUCCAUCACUGGCACUCAACCAAGUCACUGGGUUUGAUCUCUGGGGCUCUGUGGCUGCAACAGGAAUUGUCUGCACUUUCUAUUGCACUCUGGGAGGAUUAAAAGCUGUUGUCUGGACAGAUGCAUUUCAAAUGAUUGUUAUGGUGGCUGGCUUCGUGACGGUUUUGAUUCGAGGAACUAGUGUGAAUGGUGGAUUGACCAAGGUCUGGGAAGAUGCCCAUGAAGGAUCCCGGCUAAACAUAUUUGACUUUGAUGUUGAUCCUUUAAGAAGACACACCUUCUGGACAAUAGUUAUUGGGGGAACAUUUACAUGGCUAGGGCUCUAUGGAGUCAAUCAGUCCACGAUACAAAGAUGUGUUUCCUGCAAAUCAGAAAAGCAUGCUAAACUGGCACUUUACCUGAAUUUAUUGGGACUUUGGACAGUCCUAGUGUGUGCAGUAUUUUGUGGAUUGGUGAUGUACUCUCAUUACAAGAGUUGUGACCCUUGGACUGCUGCUUUCAUUUCAGCUCCUGAUCAGCUCAUGCCAUAUUUUGUUAUGGACAUUUUUUCUUCGCUGCCAGGAGUCCCAGGACUGUUUGUUGCCUGUGCAUUCAGUGGAACACUAAGCACGGUGGCUGCCAGCAUCAAUGCUUUAGCAACUGUUACCUUUGAAGACUUGGUCAAAAAGGGUUUCCCAAACCUCUCGGAGAAGAUGAGCACGUGGAUCAGCAAAGGCUUGUGUAUAUUGUAUGGUGUCCUGUGCACUUCCAUGGCUGCAGCAGCAUCGCUGCUGGGAGGAGUUGUGCAGGCUUCCCUCUCCAUCCACGGCAUGUGUGGGGGGCCAAUGCUGGGAUUAUUUACUCUGGGAAUUGUGUUUCCCUGUGCUAACUGGAAGGGUGCUCUCGGAGGCCUCUUAGCUGGGAUCAGCUUGGCUUUUUGGGCUGGCACUGGCUCUUUCAUUUACCCUGCGCCACCAGUGAAGUCCAUCCCUCUGCAGCUGUCUACCCUCAACUGCACUCUGGCCAACAGCACCGAGGUGCUGCUGACUGCAGCUGCUCCCACACUGGCUCCAGAGAGGCCUUUGCUGGCAGACACCUGGUACUCCCUGUCCUACCUGUACUUCAGUGCCAUUGGCUGUGUGGGCUGUGCCAUCACAGGCUUGUUGAUCAGCUUUAUAACAGGACCUAGUAGAGGAGAAGACAUCCCACCAGUGUUAAUUAAGCCGGUUUGCAACCUGUUUUGCUUUUGGUCCAAGAGACUCAGAGUAUUCCUGUGGUGUGGAGUGCAGCACGACAGCCUGGAGAUGGACUUGGAGAAAAAACUGCCUAAAGUUGCUGCAAACAAAACCAGAACAGAUAACACCUUCAAAAAUAAUACCAACAGAGAAAAUAAUCACCGGAUCCAUGGUUACAAAUCUGAGGAAAAUCCAUAUACAAAUAUAAGCAGAGAAUCUCGCCUCUAGAAGCUGAGGGACAAGGGACAUUUAAUCAAACUUUAGUUCUUCAGAAAUUAAUAACUUCUUUUACUGCAUUUACCAGCUUGUAGGUGAUCAAGAGGGAGCAAUUGCUCCCUAUAGCAAUAAAGGACAGAUUUUUAUUUACGAAUUUCUUGGCAAUUUCUUGGGUAAUGAUCAGACAAUGGGGUUGUGGAAGCACUGCUGUUUUAGAAGGAAUGUUUCAUGGAUUUUGUUGUGGAAGCUCCCACCCAGACUUGCAGCUGCAUUACAUCUGCAUCACACACUCUAUUCAGCAACUCAUAUUGAAGGGAAUGUGCAAAGGUGAGCUUGAGAUAAAUUAAGACUUUGGAGAAGUUUGUGAGAUAUCUCACUAAGGUGAGUCUGUGAGCUGCCCUGUGAUGGAGAGGAGAGGUCAGGUUGAGCCUACACCCAGGUAUCACAAAAAGUCUCCUCACAGGAACCUUGUAUAGACCAGACUGGUCUCUCAGUCACCAAGAUAACUGUGCUUGCUUUGGGGAAUUCAAGUUUUCUUCUCAUUGUAAAAGCUAUAGGAGAGAGUAACAAUUUGUACUUUGAAUUCAGGAUAGUUCUUUAUCUGUGUUAGUUUUCACCUCAAAAGGAUCCCCUUUUAUGCAAUAAAGAAGAUAAACCAGUA